AUGAACCCGACAAAUACGUUUGACGAUUGCUGGCAAAGCUUGUCUCAGAUAUCUCAAAGGCAUGGUCGAUCCAUCGUCGACAUGUUGGUGGAGAUUCAGGACAAAAAAGUGCCCCAAUACAAGUCAACAAGCUUCCUUCCACCACUCGAAUGUCUAGAAUUUAUCGAUUAUCCACAUGAAGAUCCCCCUCAAGAUGCCAUAUCUGGAGAGAUCAUUCCUGAGGAGUGCGGGUUUCUCCGUCGAUCGUAUCAUAACGUACUCGACCUUAAGAAAAAAGAGCGUAGGUACGUCGCUCUGUCUUACACAUGGCAUGCAGCGGAUGGUGAGGAUGAAACCUCCGGAGAAUGGUGGGUAGAAACCAAAGAAAGAAAUGGUUACAAGGUUUCGCCGGUCCGAAAUAUGGUUCUCAACCGCAUCACGACUUAUAUGCGGAAAAUAAAGACUAAGUAUCUUUGGAUCGAUCAACACUGUAUCGUACAGACCACUACCUGCGCAAGCAGCAGCAGCGAUCAUCCCGACUGCAACGAAAAGCGAGACGCAGUCCAUGCGAUGGACUUUAAUGCUCUUGCUUUGUCGAAGAUGCGGUUACUAUGGAGGGAGGAACCAGACAGCUGGUUCGAGGCUGACAGCCAGACGGAGCCAGAGUUUGGGGAAUAUGACAGAGAAUCACGAUCGUUCUGUGAGGAGGCAACCUUGUUUUGCCUAGAAAUCCUGCAUGCGAUAAGAACCCCCGCAGGGUUACAGAAGGAGGAGUUUGAGACGAUGUUCAUGGCAAUGGCGGUUCUCGAGACAAUAGAAGGAAGCACACACAACCCUCGCGGAGGUCUAGAGGGGCUUAUCGUUGCUAGCAUCAAAGGAAAAGCGAUAACCGAGUACUGGGACAGGCUCGCUAUCAUCGGUAACUGUUGCCGCUACGGGACCAGGCUAGAGCCUCUAAGCCUUCGAGAUGGUGAUCAUAGUGUGAGCUUAUAUGUUCUUGCUAUGUGUCUUCUGAACGGCGAGAUGACCGCAUCACAGUAUCUAGCAGCCGGACUGCUUAACAACAGGGCAUGGUCCGCAAGCCACGAGUGUCAUCUUGCCGACGUAUGGCUUACUACUCGCGGCGUCCAUACAAAGGGCUAUUUAUGGGAACGUGGCGCGUACAUUCAGCUGGAAGAACUUACGCCGCAUCUGGUAUGCUGA